UUCGUUCUCUGGAGAGCUGCAGCCAUGCAGCAGGAGCUUCUCUUCAAAGUCCUGGUCAUCGGGGACUUGGGAGUCGGAAAGACGUCAAUCAUCAAGCGGUACGUCCAUCAGAUCUUCUCCCAGCACUACCGAGCCACCAUCGGGGUGGACUUCGCCCUGAAGGUGCUGCAGUGGGACAAUGACACUGUGAUCCGGCUCCAGCUGUGGGACAUAGCAGGACAGGAGCGGUAUGGGAACAUGACUCGUGUGUAUUAUCGGGAGGCGGUGGGAGCGCUGAUGGUGUUCGAUGUGACGAGGGCCUCCACAUUUGACGCCGUGCUGAAGUGGAAGGAUGACCUGGACUCCAAGGUGACCCUGAACCACGGGAGGCCAGUUCCAGCUGUACUCUUGGCCAAUAAAUCAGACCAGCUGGCUUCCCAGCCACCCAAACUCGACACCUUCUGCAGGGAGAACGGCUUUGUUGGCUGGUUCGAGACAUCUGCAAAGGAAAACACAAACAUCGACGAGGCGGCACGCUGCCUGGUCGAGCACAUCCUGAACAACGAGGAGAGCCCGAUGGUUGAGCGAGACCCAAGCACCCUUGUCCUGUCUGGCUACUCAAACACCGCAAAGGAUCAUCUCAACUGCUCGUCAUGUAUGAAAUGGUGA